CACCUCGCUACGCUCUACGCCCAGCUCGGCCCCCGCAGCGUGCUGCCGCCAUGCCGCCGCCGCUCUCCACUGCCCAGGCGGCCAAUGCGCUGCCGCUGCUCGCGCCCGCCGCGCUGCCGUACGAGCACCUCUCGCUGCUCUCCAAGCGCCUCGGCAGCCUCAUCCGCUCCAUCCUCGACAUGCAGGCCGCACUGCAGGCCGACUUUGGCCUCGAGGACUGGCCUGCGCUCCUCACGCAGCACCUCAACCUCAUCUCCUCGACGCACACCCUCACCGCCCUGCUCCUCUCGCCGAACCCCACGCAGGACGCCCAGCUGCAAGCGCUGCAGGACUUUCUCAGCCAGGAGGCACGCGACAAGAACCUCUUCGCCGCGCCGUCCGCUGCCCAGUCAAGUGCGCUGACUGCCAGCGGCAACGAUGCGCUGGGCCUGGGCGCGAGCACGUCGGCGGAGCGCUUGGCGACAGCAGAGGGCAUGCCGCUGGUGCAGUUUGCCGACCCCAAGUCCCUGCUGCCGCGUCUCUCUACGCACCCUUUGCAGCCGCUCGACGCCGAGCGAGCAGGACGGCUACAAGGCCUGCUGCGCACGCGGCUCGACACGGCGCCGGAGAACGCCAUGGCCGAGACGUGGGCCAGCUGGUGCGAGGCCAACCCAGUCGAGGAGGGCGACGAUGGCGCCGACGUGGCGCAUGCACGACUGCGGCUGGCACGCAAGCAGGAGCGCGAGUACGAUGAGAUGUGCGAGGCGGCGCUGCGUGCAUGGUGGCACGUCAAGGAGCAGCCAGACGAGGAGGGCGAGCGCUACGACUGGAAGAUGCGCAUCACUGCAGAGGACCUCGCCGCCGAGGCUGAGGACGACGACACGCAGAUGGCCGACGCACAGGCGCCGCCAGAAGGGCAAGAGGCGGAGUGGUCCGUCAAGGACAUCUGCGCCUUCAUGAGCGGGCGAUCCGCUGCCUCCAACUCGGCGCUCUAACCGCUCCAUAUCUCGACUCCGCUUCCUCUCCCUCUCACACAUCUGUACAACACUCAUCUGCCGCGGUCUAUUCUCAAUGUAUUCGAUUGCA